AUGACAACGACCAAGUCCGCCCUCCCUGUCAAAGCACCCCCCUGGGACCUGACCGGAUCAGGCUACAUCUUUGUCAUAGAACCGCAGCCGUUCUCGCCGACCGAAGCGGUCCCACUUCCAUCCGGCAGUUACGACCCGUUCGAACAGGGGACGUCUUUUGAUCAGUCAUCCAACUUUCAUGGUGGUGUUGGCGCCAUCUUGGUCGUACGGUAUACUACUUCGGAUGUGGGUUAGUCUUGGCUACGUGUCUCGUGUCUGGGCUAGAUGUCACGGUGGAGGCUGCCCCCAGUGACCGGCCUCGGGCUCCUCUUUGUCAAGAGAGGUGGGGCUCCUCCGCACCCCGUCGUCCCACGGAACGUUAACGCCGGCGACUUUUUCUCUUGUUUUGCGACUUCCACAGGUCCCUAUGACGAACUCAUGAUCAUCCCUGGCAACUUCAAGAACAAACUCAAAGAUGGCACGACUUCGUUCGACCUCGCCAUCACUCGUAUCUAUGUCUCGACCAAGGAGAGCGUGUACAAUGGUCGGCAGAACUGGGGGAUCCCGAGUACGUCCCUCACCGAAGCUGGCCGGGUGCCCCAUCUUGACCAUUCCCAUGUCCCGGACUUUUGGGUGAGAUCAUGAACUCAAAAUAUAUCUUCUCUCUUGCCCAGAGCACCAGUCCGACUUUUCCUUCACUCCCGUCCAAGACCGACCCGGAUCGACAUUGUUGACGGUCUCAUCACCAGGCGCCGAAGACUCUUUCUUCUCUGCGAUCCUGACUCGUAGCCGCUGGACCCCUUUCGCAAUCCCCGUCUCGACCAAGCUUGCUUCCACUUCAUUCAUGCGCUCCAUAUUGCGAGGCUACCGACCGACUCUCGUCCAACCCGCCUUAUCGACCCAGAUCGAUCCUUCUAAACUCAAGUCCGUCACCUCGGAAGAUGCCUCAACCCUCGUUGGCUCAAGCGCCAAAUUCGCCGUCACCCCUACGUCUACAGGAUGGAGUAAAGCGUGUACGAUCUCCCCCGUUUCGGGGGCAAGGAAGGGGUACGGAAAUGGGGUCGGGUUCCCCGAGUUCAAGCCUUGGUGGGGUGGUUUAGGCGUCGAGUUGACAGAGUUCAAUAUGGUGUUUCCUGUGCCCGAGGUCGUCGAGUAG